UUAGAGGCAAACAGUACAGGUGCGAGAAAACAUAACAAUGUCGAGUUUUUUUUCAAAUUUGUUCGGUGGCAAAAAAGCGAAAAAAGAAAAAUCUACCAAGGAAAUAACCGUCAAAAGCAUCAAGAAAACUGAAGACACUCACGAAGACGACAACAACGAUAAGAUACCAGUUUUAAACAGAAGAUUAUCGUUGUCAAAAAGUGGCAGAAUGAAGGAGAAAAAACGUAUCAAUAUAUCAGUUUUGAACACUGGCAAUGAUACUACUGGAGACUUUGCUGCUGGGAAUGAUAAAAAUCUGGAUCGUAAAAACUCUCUACCAACCAGCGACGUUUUUGAUAUUGAGGGCAUCGAAAGGGCCGAAAAGGAGCAUUGCAGUCCCAUUAGCGAAACACCUCAUACGUCACUAUAGGGAUUAUUUUUGUGCUGUGCAAUAUUUUUGUGAUAAAAUUUGUAUGAGUGGGCUAAAUUAUUAAGGUUUUUUUUUAUGAUAAGUGAUUUUUAUGAAAUGAGGCAUAGUUUUACGAAUAAUUUGUUUAUUAUGUAAGUAAAUAAUAUUCGAUUUAUUGAUUUUGUUUUUAUUUAAAACUGGGGCAGAAGCCAAAGGCAAGGUAUAGUAUUAUUAGCAAAUAACUAUUAUACAUUAUGAAAUAAUUAAAGAAACGAGUCUGUUACAAUUAAUAAUAUGGUUAUAUU